AUGUCUCGAUCUGGUACCACCCUCUAUGUCACUGGCUUCGGUCAUGGCACUCGUGCCCGUGACCUAGCCUACGAAUUCGAACACUACGGCCGUCUGGUCAGAUGCGACAUUCCUGCGCCUCGAACUGCAUCAAGCCGAUUGUUUGCAUUCGUCGAAUACGAAAGCCGUCGAGACGCAGAUGAUGCCUACCAUGAGAUGCACAACAAGCGAAUUGGUCGAGAUGAUCUCUUGAAGAUUGAGUGGGCUCGAACUCCUCCAUCUGCUACCUGGAGAUACGAAGCUGGCCGUGGUCGUGAUCGUCGUGAUCGAACCCCACCACGCCGCAGCGCCCGUUCUCCAUCUCCUCGACGCCGUGAUUAUUCGCCACGAAAGGAUGAUCGACGAGAACGGGACCGUGAUCGAGAACGUGACCGCGACCGGGACUACGAUGACCGCCGCCGAUCCCGCAGCCCGGCUGAUAGAGACCGUGACCGCGACAUGAAGGAUGAUCGAGACCGCCGCGACGAUGACCGUGCCGCCGGUGCCAACGGUGACGACCGCAAAGCUCUGGACUCCCCUCCUCCGGCUCAUGACGAGCUCGACACCGCUGAGUAA